AGAAUCCACCUCUCGCCACACUCAUCGCCGGCAACCCGUCAAAUUCGCACAAGUACAAACUGGAGAGUAUAACAUGAGACUUUUUAUCGGCUUCAGCCUUCUUAUCGUCGCUCAGUUAAGCGUGUGCGAAUGUGGAAUCCGGGUUAAAAGGCAAAGCGGCCCGCCGAUCGCAACGGGCGAAGUCAUCAACUCCAUCUUCCAGAUCCCCAUCCAAACGUUGAACGCGGUGCGCGACCUGUUCCAAGCGACGCGUACACGUGUGCAGGCGAUCGCCCAGGCGACGCAAACCGCAUACCAGCAGCAUCCCAACCACCGACCAAACCCGCACUUCUCAUACGACAAGGGCUUCUACAACAGCAAGGCCCUCGUCCAGCCGAACGAGAACAAAAAGCGGAGAUACAACGAUUAGUCAAAUAGUGUCAGUCAAUUCGUUUAUUACUCAAACUGUAACAGUUUACCUUUUUUUGAAUAAAAACUAAAUGAUCUUAUUUUUA